UAAGUGUGCGAUUCAAAUUGGCUAAAUGAUAAAUGAAAUAUUCUAAUUCAACUGACAAUUUUAUAAUUUUGGAAUAUAAACACAUGCACUAAAUGGAGACUACGGUUGACGAGAAGAGGCCAUUGACUGCAGAAACACGUGUUUACGGUCGUCGAUGGUGGAUAUUGGCCGUCUUUUGUAUGACUUGCUGUGUGCUGUCUAUCAUAUGGAAUACGUGGGGGCCUGUUGCCGAAUCCUCGGAAAUAGUUUUCGGUUGGACCGAUGGCAACGUGGCGCUUGUUGCGAACUUAUCCAUCAUUAGCUACAUGUUUCUUGUAAUUCCAAUGUGCAUGAUGAUGGAUACCAAAGGAUUACGUUUUCCAAUGAUUCUGUGUACAGGAAUGCUAUUUUUUUGUUCCGUAAUUCGUUGCUUCUCCCUUGAACCAGUAACUGCUACUGUAACGGCAUAUGUAUGCGGAUUAAUCAAAGGUAUUGCGACUACAAUGCCGUUUUCAGGCCCUCCUCUUGUAGCAGCUGUGUGGUUUCCCCCAGCGGAGAGACCGGUAGCAACAGCCAUUGGUUCAUUUUUCAACUACAUGGGAGUAUCCUUAUCGUUCAUUAUAGGCCCACAGCUGGUGCCCGAUCCAGUGUACCAGGACCACGUGCAGAACAGUACCAAUACAUCAGUUACAAACGUGACAGGUUCUGUUAAAUAUGUAAUUCAUCCUGUCAAAAAUGAAGUUGUGAACAUGGGAAGUUUGAGACAAGGCAUAUUGAAUCUUUUGUAUACACACAGCGCAUUUGCCGGACUGGCUUUCAUUUUAACGAUAGCUUAUUUCCCAUCUAAACCACCACAUCCACCUAGCAUAACAGCGUCAAUCCAGAGAACGGACUAUAAACAAGCUUUGAUCAGAAUUUUGCGCAACGGCUCUUUAUGGCUGAUCGUACUGGCAUGUGGAAUUCCUAUAGGAGUUAUUGGUGUAUGGAUAGCCAAUCUGGACGUGGUUCUUAAACCUCUCGGUGUGACACAGAUCGACGCUGGGUGGAUGGGAUUUUGGCAUACGUUAAUAGGUUGUUUUUUGGGUAUUUUUAUAGCAAAAUUUUCUGACCUUUUUAACCGUAGACGGAAACUAUUCCUUAUAUCACUUUUCACGUGCGCCAUGGUGUGUAGUAUUUGGUUUGCCUUGCUGUGCACUAGUGUGAUAAUGUAUGACCUGAAAUCUUUGUACGCAUCUUGUAUAUUAUUAGGGAUUUUUAUCAACGGAACAACUCCUUUGAUUUACGAGAUCUGCACUGAAGCAUCGUAUCCUGUGGCAGAGGGCGUCACGGGAGGGUUUUAUACAUUGGUUGGUAAUGUGGGCGGAGUUAUCUUCUUGUCCCUAGUGUCGGUGCCAAAUAUUGGAACGGAAUGGAUGAACUGGACUGUAUUAGGAUCUUUAGUUGUAGCCAUUCCGAUGUUAUUCGUGUUUCCGGAGCGCUACAAGAGGACGGACAUCGACUUAAAUCGUGAUGUUGAAAUACAUUCUAGCUAAUGCGCAGUGUGAAUGACUAACCAUAAAACAUUAAAAGUUAUUGGUGUAUCGUAUAUAUCAGCUCUUCAAUACCGUACAUCGUUUAUGACACUUACUUUUCUUUAGUAGGCUCCGAAGUUAUAAAACUCGGGAGUUCAACUUUAUAAAACCGAGUUUCGAGAUCAGCCUCAGGAUACUGCCUUGCCAUUGGACAAUUUCAAGCUUCACCUCUGAAUCAACCAAUCAGAUGCUUAUGAUAUGAGGCUAUUCUCCAUCACUGGUCCCAAAUUCGUUGUUUCCAAGCACAAAGUUGAAACUGGCCAUUGACAAGGCAGGCCGCAGGUAUAUUGGAAUUCAACAAGUAGUGUAGCACAUGGGGACUGGGUGAUUUCACGUGACUUUUUACCGAUAUGCGAUUGGAUUAUUGCAUUUAUGGAACGCCGUUUUUUUGCAAUAUAACUGGCACUCUAUGUGAUAUAUAGAGAAAUGUUUGUGAUAAUUUAUCCAAAUUUUCAGCAAUGAUCAAUAUUGAUACUUAGUUGUG